CACGCUUCCUUUUUAGAUCGUCACACAUAUAUAUAUAAAGCCGAUCACGCCUAGUUCACUUCAAACUGGGACCAAACGUUGUAGAAUAUGGAACUUCUAGGGAAAGUGAUAGGUGUCUUCUGUAUUGCUGCCUUCAUACCGGUGUGUUGCAGAGCACAGUAUCGCAAUCUCAAUGAUUCGCCUUCGUUAAGACGUAUUUUCAAAACCCUAAGUAUCGAACGUCAUGCCAGUCAGGGAAACCAACAAGCUGAGCCCGAGUCUCAGCCAGACUAUGGAAAAAGUCAUCAAGGAUCCCGAAUGUUACUUUCAGCUGUCCUUGGUUUCGGGGGGCUAAAUGAAGUUGCCCGCCAUUUAGCUCAGUCUCAAUCACAGCCAGUUUACAGAAGAACUCGUCAAGCUAUACAUGACGACAUCGAAGAUAAAUGGGAUGAUAACAAGUUUGAUGAUGAUAAUGAUGAUGACAACGAUGAUGACGAUAUUGAUGACGAUAAUGACGGCAACAAUGAAGAUGAUGGUGAUGAUAGUAAAGAUGAUGACGAUAAAAGCGACAAUAAUGAUGUUGAUAGUAAUGAUGAUGACAAUGACAAAGAUAAUGAUGAUGAUUAAGAUGAUUAUGAUAAUUAUGAUGAUGGUUAUUAUUACUAUUUAGGCAUAUUUUUAUAAACACUUGACUCAGAAUACAAUCUAUAAAUAAUUGAGACAAUUAUGGUGUUGAAUGAUUUUACAGUAUUUCAGCUGGAUCCAUACUUCACAGAGUUUUAUGCGAAUAAAUAUAAGCUUAAA